GCAUAACCUCACUUGAGUCAGACAGUGUUGUUUACGAUUUGGGUUUGGACGUUUUUUUGGCAGUGGAGACUUCUUUUAUCAGUUUUUGAGCCCCAAAAUGGAUAUUUUAAUUGCAAAUGUGGAGCAUAUUGAAUUUAAGAUUGAGCGGGAUCUCAAUGAGCAGUAUGGAGCACUCCCAUUGCCCUUCCCUGGCAUGGACAAAUCUACGGCUGCGGUGUGUCAGUUCUUCAAUGGACGCGAUGGAAUGGAGUGCGACAAGGGGGCUGCAUGCCCUUUCCGGCAUAUACGAGGCGACCGGACUAUUGUUUGUAAACAUUGGCUUCGUGGUCUCUGCAAAAAAGGAGAUCAGUGUGAAUUCCUGCACGAAUACGACAUGACAAAGAUGCCCGAGUGCUACUUCUACUCUCGCUUCAAUGCCUGCCACAACAAAGAAUGCCCCUUCCUGCAUAUUGAUCCCGAGAGCAAAAUAAAAGAUUGCCCAUGGUACGAUAGAGGUUUUUGUCGGCACGGACCACAUUGUCGUCAUCGUCACGUACGGAGGAUUCUCUGUACAAAUUACUUGGCGGGAUUCUGCCCAGAUGGGACACAGUGUAAAUUUAUGCAUCCACGCUUUGAGCUUCCACCCCCGCCAGAACUAACACGCGAUCAAAUGCAAAAGCGUGCCCCCACAUGCCAUUAUUGCGGUGAACUCGGCCACAAGGCGUCCUACUGCCAAAAAAUGCCACAAGAACAACGAGAAGCAGUCCAGCGGCAGGAUGAGAUGCGCUACCGCACAAUGGGCUACAUGAAUCGCCCAUUCGAUGCUGAGGGGCAUGGGCCACCGCCAAGGGGCCCGCCGAAGCCACUGGAGGAGAUUACAUGCUUCAAAUGCGGGACAAAGGGACACUACGCCAACAAAUGCCCCAAAGGACAUCUCGCUUUUCUCUCCCAAAACCCCAGAGCUCAGCAUUUUGGUAAAAAUCUCUAA